AUGUCCGCCGUCGCCAUGGACAACUCGUCCAAGAAGGCGCCCUUGAGCCUGGAGCAUCACUUCUCCGAGGUCACCAAGAGGCGGGAGCCUAGCAAGAUGAAGGAGUAUUACAAGUACUUUGAGAUUCCUGGUAUUGGGAACAUAGCUGGAGGCCUUCCGCAUUCGAGCCUUUUCCCUUUCGAUACCCUCGAAGCGCAAGCGGCGAAGCCCGAAAGAUGGGAGCCUUCUCCGAUCCCCGAUGACGGCACCACGGGCACGGGCACGGGCACGGGCACGGGCACCACCACCACCACGCUCCCGAUCCGGAGCACCGCGGGCGCGGACCGGGAUAAAGGAAAGGAUGUCAAGGCGUCCCGGCACGUCACCGUCCCCGGCACCGCCGAUGACAGCGACCCGCUCCGACGCAUCGACGUCGCGACCGCUCUGCAGUACGGCACGGCCGAGGGGUAUCCGCCCCUGCGGUCCUUCGUCCGCCAAUUCACGCGGGACCACCUCCACCCGAACGUCCCGUACCUCGGCGGGCCCGAGGUGAUCCUCAGCUGCGGCGCGACCGAUGGCUUCGCCAAGACGCUGGAGCUCAUCACGAAUCCCUGGAGCCCCACCCGGGACGCGCUCGUGGAUCGCCCGGGUAUGCUGUGCGAGGUCUUUGUGUACAGCCAGGUCCUGUCGCAGGUGCUGCCGCGGGGGGUGCAGGUCGUGCCGGUCGAGAUGGACGACGGCGGUAUGAUUGCCAACGGACCUGGCGGUUUGGAGGAGGUUCUGGCCGGCUGGGAUGAGAAGAAUGGCAAGAGGCCGCAUUUCAUGUACAGUGUGACGAUGGGCCACAACCCGACGAGCGGAAUUGUGUCCGUUGAAAGACGCAAGGAGAUUUAUGCCAUCGCCAGCAAGUACGAUGUCAUCAUUGUCGAGGACGACCCGUACUGGUACUUGCAGUACCCUUCUGCGGUCGUGGGGGAGGCCAAGUCCCGAGGCCUGGAGGUUCCUCCUACGCCGACUUACAAGCCCAUCAAGUCUUCCGGCUACCAGUAUCUGGACUCGUUGACCCCUUCAUUCCUCAGCGUCGACACCGACGGCAGGGUCAUCCGCAUCGACACUUUUUCCAAGACCAUCGCGCCGGGAUGCCGCAUGGGCUGGAUCACGGCGCAGCCGGCCGUGAUUGAGCGUCUACUGAGACUCACCGAGGUCACCACGCAGCAGCCUUCCGGCUUCGUGCAAUCCACCGUGGCGGAGCUCAUCAUGGGCGAGCAGCCCGCCGCCGCCCGCUCCGCCUUCGCCGCCCUCACCUCGCGCCAGAAGCAGACCUUUGAGGGCUGGAAGAUGGAUGGCUGGGUCCGCUGGCUCUCUGGUCUCCGCGGCGUCUACGAGCGCCGCAUGAACCGCAUGUGCACCAUCCUCGACGAAGGCUCCAUCCAGCUGAAGCAGUCGACCCCGCGCAGCGCCGACGACGCCGACUGGGGCGUCGUGAGCAAGACGCAGCUGUACGAGUUCGCGUGGCCGCGGGGCGGCAUGUUCAUCUGGCUCAAGCUCCGCCUCGAGACGCACCCCUUGUGGAUGGCGACGGGCGGCGAGAAGAUUCCCCUACUCGACGGCGAGAGGCUGUCGACGGCGCUCAUGUUCCUUGCGACCAAGCAGCCGUACCGCGUACUUGUUACUCCUGGGCUCAUCUUUAGUGCUACGCCGGCGAUCCGGGCUGAGAGGGGAUGGGCUUACUACCGGCUGUGUUUUGCGGCCGAGACGGAGGAGAAUGUAGACCUGUGCGCCCAACGGUUGGCGGAUGCGAUUCAGAGGUUCUGGAGGAUCAAGAAGGUGGAGGAGAUUGAGGAAUUGCUUGGGGAUUUUUUCCUGGCUCAGGGUGAGGAAGAGGGACUUGAGGGGUUGGGCAACUUGGGUAGUCUGAUGGGAUGCUGA